AUGGUCGAGGUUAAAAGGGGUAAAAUGGCUAAUGGAGGAAAUAUCGAGAUGGUGGAUGGAAGGGAGAUUGCAGAGUUGAAAUUGGAACAGAGGUAUAAAUAUCUGGGUAUCCAGCAAACUUAUGAAAUAAGACAAAAAGAGAAUACAGAGGAUACCAAAAACGAGCUGAUGAAACGAGUACGAAAGAUCCUGAAAACACAACUUUCAGCUAGGAACAUAAUCGAGGCACUGAACACCUGGGCCAUACCCUCAUUCUUAUACACAGCUGGAGUACUCACCUGGACCAAGACAGAGCUCCAACAAAUAGACAGACGUAUUCGAACAACACUGACAGAGUAUGGUAUGCACCACCCUAACUCAGCGAUUGAGCGGCUCUACUUACCACGAAAACAAGGAGGUCGAGGUUUAACCAACAUGGAACAGGCCUGCCUGAAAGAAAAACAAAAUCUAAGCACAUACUUCAGAAAUACACACUUACCUGUUCAGCAAUGGAUAAUGACGCAUGGGGAUCGUAACAUCAUUACUCCAGAGGAUAGUGCCGAGGAACCUGUAAUACAAAAUCACAUAGAGAGGUUAGAACAGAGCUGGCAGGCUAAAGCUCUUCACGGAAGAUUCCACGCAAGCCUCAGUCAGCAAGAGGUCGACCAGGCAGGCUCACACACCUACCUCACACAGGGCUACCUGUAUCCGCAGUCAGAAGCUACAUUCCUCGCUAUACAAGACCAAGUCGUACCAACUCGUACCUAUAGCAAAUAUGUGAUGAAACUCCCCGUGGAGACCACCAAAUGUAGGCUAUGCAAUGAUGCGGAAGAAUCGGUGCAGCACAUAUCAUCGGCAUGCUCAACAAUAGCUGGUACAAAAUAUUUAGCUCGCCACGACAACAUGGGCAAGGUUGUGCAUCAGCUGCUCUGUCUGCAGUACGGCCUGCUGCAGAGUUUAACACCGCAUCAUUUGUACUCUCCACAACCAAUAGUGGAAAACGACAGUUUUAAAGUCUAUUGGGACAUCACAAUCAGCACAGAUAUAGCCGUCGAACACAACCGCCCGGAUGUUGUGGUGUGGAACAAGAUAAACAGAACCGUCGUGAUUGUUGAUUUUACGGUUCCUAUGGAUGGCAAUCUGAAGAAGUCGUAUGAUGAGAAGAAAAAGAAGUACGAAGCGCUAUCCCGACAAAUGAGAGAUAUGUGGAGACUCAACAAAGUUGAAGUGAUGCCUCUCAUCAUAAGUUGUAACGGAUUGGUCCAUGAGUUCACGACCAAACAUUUGAGACAGCUGAAGUUACCUCCGAAUGCCAUCACAUGGAUGCAGAAGGCUGUCAUUUUGGGAACAAUCAAUAUAAUACGUCAGGUUGUGUAUCCGCACUAA